GUUUUCAGAUAUGUCUUCGGAUUUUGAGGACACGGAGGACAUGCAAAGAAAGACCAGGAGAAUCCAGAGGCAGUGUGCAAGGAAACGAACAAGAAGAUAUGAAAGAUCAACCAAUGAUCAAAGGAAUAACCCAGGGAAAUCUACAGAGUCCGAUGUGAUACCAAUUUUUUCAACAAGUGAAGAAGAUGGAGAAGCAGACAAAUCAAGCAAGCAAUCACAGUCACCUUCUCUUGAAAUAAUCCACAAAGAAAUGCUGGAUUCUUCAUUUGAAGCUGCUGGAUCCCAUCCUCAUGAAGGUGCAGACAAUCCAGAAGCUGAGGAUGACUGUUUCAUUCUAUCCCACAAUCAAGAUGCCGAUCAAGUUCUUCAGUUUACUCCAGUUGUGGCUAUUAAUGCAUCUGCUGAAGAUUUUGAAAUUCAGUUUGGGCCAGUUUCUAAUCAUGAUGAAGAGAGUCUAGACUCCACCCUUCUGUGGAACCAAGAUGACAUUAACUCCUCUCAGCAUUCAACACUGAAUGAUGGAGCUGCAUCAUUACACAGUAUCUUUGCACAGCCAGGCCAAAAUGACAAAGAAAUACACUGUGUUCAGAUUAGACGAAUUAAUGUUGUUAGUGAUCUCAUAAACAUUUUUAUGGAACCAGCAGUUAUGAAUGUUCAGCUAAAAAUGGAACUCAUAAAUGAAAAAGCUUUUGACAGUGAUGGUGUGUCAAGAGAGGUGUACUCAGCUUUCUGGGAACGUUUCUUAGAGCUGUGUGAGGGGGAGGAUGAACGAGUACCCAGGCUUCGACCAGACUUCACUGAAAAGCACUGGGAAGCGGUUGGAAGAAUUUGGUUGAAAGGAUACUUGGACCACAACAUCAUACCAAUCCAAUUGUCUCCAGCUUUUAUCCUCGCCUGCUUUCAGGGGGUUAGUUCAGUGGAUGAGGAACUGCUGAUGAUGUGCUUCCAUAGGUUCAUUUCAGCACAUGAACGGCUGACAGUAGACAAAGUUCUACAAGGAAACUUGGAUGAAGAUGUUGAGGAAGACUUGCUUGACCUAUUUUCAAGGAUGGGCUCACACAACUUGCCUACUAAAGAAAAUGUGCAGGCUUCCCUUUCCACAAUUGCACAUAAAGUUCUUCUUCAAGAACCAAAAUUUGUAAUAGACAGUUUUCACUCCUGUUUUUACAAUGCGGUGCCAUCACUAGCCAGCAAAGAAAAUAUUAUUGAACUUUAUGAGUCAAAGAGGGCAACAGACAAAAAAGUAGCCCAAAUGAUAAAACCAUCAAGUGAAAGCCUAAAUUCACAGGAGCAGACAGCUCUAAACCAUCUAUUGAGGUAUGUUCGAAGCAUUGACCAAAAAAAGUUAGAAACGUUCUUGCGCUUCUGCACAGGGUCCACAGUGCUAUGCAAAGACACCAUUGAAAUUACAUUUAAUAGGUUAUCUGGCUUAAAUCGAAGAGUAGUGGCACACAUGUGUGGAGCUGUCCUUGAGCUGCCAUGCACCUAUGUGUCAUACCCGGAGUUUAGAACCGAGCUAGACAACAUCUUGGCAGGGGACUGUUUUACAAUGGACAUUCUGUAGCAUUAUGCCCUUCAGUGUUAUUGUCCUUUAACUUUGAGUUUGAAAAAAUGUGAGUGGAGAGCCCAACCAACACUGGAAAGAAACAUUUUUUAUUUCAAAAAUAAUUGCCUGUAAAAAACACAAUGCUAGACAAAGUUAUAGGAGUAUUACGUCACACCACCUUAAAAUAAAGUAGAAGUAAAAAAAAGUUCAGAGUCUGUUUAUGUUUAUUUUUGACAGCUCUACAACGCAAAUUCUUGAUUCAAAACAAUGAUUUAGUUAAUCACAGUAGUUGAUGUUUCUGUGGUAAAAAGUUAACUUCUUUUCUUUUCAUCAUAACUUUCAGUUUUGUUCAGAAGAUUUUCAUAUCCAAAGUAACAUUUUGAGUGUUAUGUGAACAAAUAAACACACAUUGUUCAACUUUU